AUGGGCCACAUCAGAGCCUUCCAGCGGAAAUCCCAGCUUUUCCGUAGGCUUUUUUCCCAGCUUGGGUAUCAAAAAAAACAGUCAAUAAGGGAGCAGAUUUUAUCGGCAACCGACGGCCAUUCAAACAUAACUCCGACAAUUUUGGAUCUUGUUGAUAGGGAGUUGAUACAUUCCCCUUGCCACCCUCUUAAUCUGAUUGCAUUGAAAAUAAAAGAGUAUUUCUCGAGGCCCAGACCGCUAUUUAAGUCUUUUGAACAAAUCCGACAACGAUUUUUUGCUAGCAAUCCCAUGUGCGCAACUUUUCAGGAUGCAAAUAUAUGUUUCUCAACUUACGAUUCGAUUUCACCGAUAGUGUCUACGUAUGAAAAUUUUGAUGCGUUGGGGAUCGGUUCUGAUCAUCCAGCCCGUGCUCCAUCGGAUACGUACUACAUUAAUCAGAACACGGUAUUAAGAACCCACAUGACUACCCACGAACGCCGCUUUCUAUCUCAAUCUCCCCCAAGUGCGCCCAUGGCGUUUAUUUUACUUGGCGAUGUGUAUAGAAGAGACCAAGUAGAUUCGCUCCAUUAUCCCGCAUUCCACCAGCUCGAAAUGGUAAGAAGAUUUGGGGUUGAAGAGUCCACAAAUUUCAAGCUAUUUUCACACUCGCUUUCUUCAGCAGAGAGGGCCCAUAUUUACAAUAAGAUUUCUCACAUAGAAAAAAGUAAACAUCUGCCCCUUCCACAAACGCUAGCCAUUUUAGACAUGCAAUUGGAGCUUGAGGGAUUGAUUUCGUUUGUGCUUCAACGUGAUUUGCCUAUGCGAUGGCAGGAAACCGAAUUUCCAUUUACGAAGCCAUCACAGGAGCUUGAAAUUGGCAAAAAAAACGAGUACAUUGAAAUCCUGGGCUCAGGAUUGCUUACUGAUCACAUUUUAGGGCCAUCUUUAUCUUCAAACGAAGGCCUUCCAUUGGCUUGGGCGGCAGGGUUGGGCAUUGAAAGAAUUGCAAUGUUUCUGUAUGAGAUACCCGAUAUUCGGCUGUUCUGGUCGAAAGACGAAAAGUUUUUAUCGCAAUUCAGGGAAAAUGGCGGUGCAUGCAAAUUUAGGCCCAUUUCGAAGCAUCCGCCGAUUUCGAGAGACAUUUCGUUUUGGCUCCCGCAAACCUAUGCAGCCGACGAUGGUUCUUUCCACUUUAACAGCAUAUCUGAGCUGAUACGAGAAAAAGCGGGCGCAUUGGUAGAAAAAGUCUCCUUGAUAGACCAGUAUUUGGACACGAAGAAAGGACGUAAAAGCCAAUGCUACAGAAUUAUUUUCAGAUCGCUCGAAAGGUCUUUGUGCGACAGUGAAGUCAAUCAAAUACUGACUGCCAUUAAGCAAGACCUUGCCGAAAGGCUCAAAGUUGAUGUUAGGUGA